AUGGCCGUCCGCGCUCAAUUCGAAAACUCCAACGAAGUCGGCGUCUUCUCCACUCUCACGAACUCGUACGCGAUCGUCGCCGUCGGCGCCUCCGAGAACUUCUACAGCGUGUUCGAAGCGGAGCUGCAGGACGUGAUACCCAUCUGCCAUGCCACGAUCGCGGGGACGCGGAUUGUGGGGCGGUUGACUGCCGGCAACCGCAAAGGCCUCCUCGUCCCCACCUCAACAACGGACCAAGAGCUCCAGCACCUGCGCAACUCGCUCCCCGACAGCGUCAAGAUCCAGCGGAUCGAGGAGCGGCUCUCCGCGCUGGGCAACGUGAUCGCAACCAACGACCACAUCGCGCUGAUCCACCCAGACCUGGAGCGCGAGACCGAAGAGAUCAUCGCCGACGUGCUGGGCGUGGAGGUGUUCCGGCAGACCAUCGCCGACAACGUGCUCGUCGGCUCCUACAUGGCGCUCAGCAACGCCGGCGGCAUCGUGCAUCCCAAGACCAGCAUCCAGGACCAGGACGAGCUGAGCAGUCUGCUGCAGGUGCCGCUGGUGGCCGGGUCGGUGAAUAGGGGCAGUCCCGUUGUGGGCGCGGGCAUGGUCGUCAAUGAUUGGAUGGCCGUUACGGGCCUGGACACUACGGCUACGGAGUUGAGUGUUGUGGAGAGUGUGUUUAGGCUCGGGGAGGGCAUGGGGCCGGGGGAUGUGAAUACGAAGAACAAGGACACGAUGGUGGAGUCGUUCUAUUGA